AAAUUAAUCGUAAGCUUAAGUCAAACUCACUACUAUUGAGGUAAUGGUAAAGAUAUUUACUUUAGUUAAUAAUUAAUAUUAAAAUAUAUAUAAUCCAAAGUGGCGACUAAAUUUUUAAGGGCGUGAUCAAUCGAAAAUUUAUUCAUCGGUUAUGGAUCAGGAAGAAAAACGACAAGUGCCAUCAUUUUUGAAGAAGAUUUUGGAUGUCGAUGUUUAUUUAACAAAGGUUUUUGUAAAUUCAUUGGAAAAAUAUCUACCAGUAAGGCAGCUUCAAACACAUUACAAAGCAUUAGAGAUAUCAUGCCAUGGAAUACCUUGGAUUGCUUUGACAUUAGCUUCAAUAUGGAUUUUUCAUCUUACAUCUCUUUAUCAAUUACAAGUCAAUCUUUUUAUUGGCUUUUUAAUUGACUUGUUAUUAAUUGCAAUAUUGAAAGCAUUAACAAGAAGAAGACGUCCAGCAGUUAAUGAUGAUCCAUUUGCAAUAGGUCCUGACAAAUAUUCUUUUCCAUCUGGCCAUGCCUCUCGUUGUACAUUCAUUGUCUAUUAUUUUUUAUAUUUAUGGCCACUGCCCAUCAUUUUUGUACCAUCAUUAUUAGCCUGGUGUACUUGCGUAUGUUUGUCUAGACUUUUAAUGAGACGACAUAAUAUAUUGGACGUGGGUAUUGGAAUAAUUUUAGGCAUUCUUGAAGGAAUGAUUAUUGGUUACAUGUAUUUAAGUCAAGAUACAUGUAUAAAUUUAGUUACUUGGAUUACAAACGAAAAAAUAGAUGACGUAUGAAUUAAUUGACCUUUAAAUAUUCUAUUUGUUAUACUUUUCUAAUGAACCAUUUCUUUUUUCGUUUUUUCUUUUUUUACAAAUUCUCUGUUACAAUUUGAUAUAUAUAUGUGUUUUUUUUUAUGAUUGACAAGUGUUCUUCUUAAGAAAAUUAUGAUUCUUUAGUUUUGCCAAAUUAUUCACUACCAUAAUGAAUUUCUUUCUUUCAUUCUUUUUUUUUUCUUAUUCUUUUUAAUUUUUAUUUAAUUCAUUAUCUACAUACGUGGACAAAAAGUAAUAAAAAUAUUUCAUAAUAUGAGACUGUAAAUUAUAUACCCUAUAUAUUACGACUAGAUAUUUAUCUUGGUGUCAGUAUAGAAUUUAUAUAAUUAAAUUCUAGUCCUGAUUUAAUAGGUUUAAUUUUUAUCAUUUGUUAAAAACUAGUCUGCCACUAUUCUUAUAAAUUCUACAAUUUAGUAUCAAUUUUUUGAUGCAUCUAUUAUUGUACUCUGUAUUUAUAGAGUAUUAAACUAAAAUGAUAUUAAUACUGUAUACGCAAUUAUUACAAUAAAAAUUAAAUACUAAAUUAAUUAAGUAUAUUUAAAAGCU